GGUGAGACAGGCCACGGCGAGGCCACGGGGGCACACGCUGUGCGCAGAGCUGUUGCCCUGAAGUUCAAGUUGGGAGUUGGGGGAAGAGAAGCUGGGAACCUAGAUGGGUCGCAGUCUGCCCCAACUGGGCCACAACCCCACCUCUGCUGGCCUUUCCUCCGAGGCUCAGAGAACAGACCCAGCUUGAUCAGCCCCUGUUCGGCCACCUUAUUGCCUUUGGACUGGGAUGAAGCCAGCGGGCGGUGGCUCCACAGCCACCCUAGAAUCCAAGUCCGUAGAUGCGCCCCUCAGCCCACCACUGCCCUGGCCCUGCCCGGCAGACGUGCGACUCUGCGGCCACCUGCGGAAACAGAAGUCUCAGCGCCUCCGCUUCUUCGUGCUGCGCUCCGACCCGCCACGCCUCGAGUGCUACGAGAGCGAGAAAAAGUUCCGCGCCGGCGGGUGCCGCCCCGCGCGGCCCCAGCGCAGCUUGAGUCUGGAGGGCGCGUGCACCAUCAGCAAGCGCGCGGAUGCGCGCCAGCGCCACCUGAUCGUCCUCUACACGCGUGACAGCAGCCUGGGCGUGGCGGCGGCCAGCGAGGCAGAGCAGCAGGCGUGGUACAGCGCCCUGCUGGAGGUGCGCGCAGCUGCUGCUGCCGCCGCCGCCUCUGCAGCAGCGGGUCCCAUCUCCCACAAGGACCCCGAAGCCUGGAUCCUUGCUCCGUUCCAGGACGUCUGGGCCGUGACUCUGCGACCCAAGGGGCUGGGGAGGACACGAGGCCUGGGCAGCGGCGGCUACCGCCUGUGCCUAGGUUCGGGGGCCCUGAGUUUGCUGCGGAAGCCAGGGAGCAAAGGUUCCCGGGACGGCCGGGCAUCACCGCUCCCGGCCCUGCGACUGUCCCUUCUUAGCGUGCGCCGCUGCGGCCACGCAGACUCUUUCUUUUUCCUGGAGCUCGGCCGCUCCGCGCCCACCGGGCCCGGGGAGCUGUGGCUGCAGGCGCCCGACGCCGUGGUGGCCCAAAGCAUUCAUGAGACCGUGCUGGCCGCCAUGAAGAGACUCGGGGGUAGUGGUGCAGGUGGCAAGGAUGAGCCACUGUCCAGGGAUCUCUUAUCGAGCGUCUCCAUAUCGUACCCUAUCUCACCUUAUGAGACCCCAGCCUUAGCGGCACAACCCAAAGGCUUGGGUGAGAGAAUGGAGCAAGGGACCCUCAAGACCUUGCCAAGGCUGGGGACCACAGCCUCUCACUCCAAUGAGUUGGAUGGGGGCGAGGGAUACAUCGACAUGGGAGCUGGGGAUAAUUAUGUGCACAUGGCCGGUGGAGAGGCAGGCGGCUAUGUGUUGAUGGCGCCCCCAGGCACUGGUCCUACCACUACCAGUGCUGCUUCCCACCAGGAUCGGGGGGCCACAGGGUAUGUCCCCAUGAACAGCUUUCCACCAGGGUCCCUUUCCUGUAAGUCUGAACCCAAGAAGCCUAAACCCAAGCCCCGGAGAACCCUUUGCAGCAUCAGGGACAGCCGGAGACCAGGGGACACUCAGGACGCUCAGCCCUGUCCACCGCCACCGUCAGAGCUGGCUGGGGAGUAUGUGUACAUCCAGUCCUCGGCCACGAACUGCAUUGGAAUGGGCACUGCCAGGCCGCAGCACCCCAACAGUAGCCUCAACUACAUAGACUUAGACCUGGUCCCUCCCCUGGAAGCACUCAGUGAUGUCCCCAGGGCAGGCCAGCACAGCUAUGCACACAUUGAGUUCUAGAACCUUUGAGAGGCACACAGGUGAGGGAGGUUACUGAUGUGCCCACCCACCUCCACACCCUAACUGCCUCCUACCACGGCUAGGGUCUCUGCUGUGUGACUUACAGUGGCACUGUUCUUGCCCCUUGGUUUGCUCUGCCCUUUCCAACUGUGGUGCCUAAGAAAUCCUCAGGAAGGCGGACAUGGUGGUGCAUGCCUGUAAGCAAGUGUAAGAUCCUGGGUGAAGUUCCAAGUACCAUUAAACAGGAAAAAGGAAAAAUUCUCAGGAAGAGGGUCCCCAGAAAGUUGGAUUCUUUUAAGGAAGAAAAUUCUAGAACUUUCCUAUUACCACCCCCACCCCCCUAAUAAUCUACAAACUUCUGGGUUUUCUCAUCUAAAACCCUGCUCCUUUUUCCUU